ACAACUGCCCCUUCUUUUUGAGUGUUGAGAGAUCCAUCCUUCUCUGGUAGUCACCAAAAUGGCCAUGAUCUUAGGUGCUUUUGUAGGAAGAUGCGUUGACAGGCUUUCAGAAUUUAUCGGGGGAGAGAUGUCCAUGAUGCUGGGCGUGAAGGACGAGCUGAAAAAGCUUCAAAGAAGAAUGGAGAGGAUAAGCGGCUUUCUUGAAUCAGCAGAGCGGAAGAGGCAUGAAGACUGGAAUAUCAAUAGCUGGGUGGUGGAGUUGAAAGAUGUCAUGUAUGAUGCGGAUGAUAUCAUUGACCGUUGUAUGAUCGAGGGCAGAAUUGUCACAAUAUUGUCGGAAAAUCAUCCCUCCACAUCAGCGGUACGCGACACCUCAUCUUCAUCAUUUUUUUCCUUUGGCUACCUCAAGUUCCAGCAUGAAAUUGGUGACAAAAUUCAAGAACUUAAUGAUAGGCUAAAAGAGAUUAAAGAGGAUAGAUCAAUGUUUCCCGCACUAGAGUACACUAAGCAAAGUGCUCGAGUGACUGGAGUAAAUCCCCGUCAAACUGUUUCCAUUGUAAUCAAGUCUGAUAUCGUAGGGACAAAAAUUGAAGAUGAUACCCAGAGUCUCGUGGAGUCCUUGGUUAAAGAAGAUAAUAAAAAAUACCGAAUUUUGGGGAUUGUUGGUAUGGGUGGAAUUGGUAAGACGACUCUUGCUUCUAAGAUAUACAAUGAUGAAAGGAUAGAAAAGAACUUUCCUAUACGGGUAUGGGCAUGUAUUUCUCAGGAUUUUUCAGAGAUAAAAUUGCUGAAAGAUAUAAUUAGGAAGGCAGGUGGAAAUUAUGGGGAGGCUGAAACUAAGGAGGAACUCAUACGCUGCCUUUACUCCACACUUUCACAAAGAUUCUUUAUUAUAUUAGAUGAUGUAUGGGAGAAAGAUGUAUGGGCGAAAUUGCUUAGAUAUGCCAUUGAAAAUGCAGCAGCUAGUGGUAAGAUCCUGAUUACUACUCGAAAUACAAACAUUGCUAGAAAUAUUGGAGCAGAUAUCCACCACGUCAAUAAAAUGGAUGAUGACAGUUGCUGGAAACUGCUCCACAAGAAUGUCUUUGGAGAUGAUGAUGAAGAGGAGGAGAUCUCUGGUUUAAAAGAAAUCGGGAUUAAAAUUGUUGAAAAAUGUGAUGGUCUUCCUCUCGCAGUCAAGGUCAUUGCGGGGGUUCUGAGGUCGAUGGAUAGAAACACCAUAGAAUGGAAUAAGGUUCUCGAAAGUGAUGCUUGGUCCAUGAGUCAACUUCAUGAAGAACUCCCAGGAGCUCUAUUUUUAAGCUAUGAAGAUUUACCCUCUGAUCUCAAACAGUGUUUUCUUUAUUGCUCCUUGUUUCCUGAGGACUCUAAAAUGUAA